AUGUUAACCGUGUCGCCGAGUGCAAAUGAAUUCGCUGCGAGCGGAGUGGGAGCGACGCCGCCUGAUCCGUCGAUAUUAAACUGGGUGCUCAUAAGUUACUUCGUGCAGCUGAUACGCCCUGUGCGUACCCAAAUCGACCCAUUGUUCGCUUUAUGCCAUCACAAUGGCGGCGCCAUUGCUUGCGACGGGUUCACGUUAAUAACACCGACUCAGAAUCUCACGCUGUUGCAGAAGUCGGUUGAUUUGAGUUUGCAAAGUUGGGUGGGCGUCGCGUCGUCCGCGCUGAUUGGCACCCGCGGGACGGGCGACGUGCAAGCGCUGCUCUUUUCCGCAGCGCAGGCCAGCUGGCCCAUCUCAAAUCCUACUAACUACGUU